AUGCGUUUAUUUUUUAUACUACUACUUUUAAGUUUAAUAUUGUGGAUAGAUGGUCAAUCAGGAAAUUUUCCUGAUUGUAAAUCAGGUCCAUUAUCAUUUUUUCCUAUUUGUAAUCAAUCAUUACCAUCUCGAGAACGAGCAGCAGAUUUAAUAAGUCGUAUGACAACAAUAGAAAAAAUUUCUCAAACAAUUACAACAGCUGAUAGUAUUCCUCGUCUUGGUCUACCCAAAUAUGAAUGGUGGUCAGAAGCAUUACAUGGUCUUGCUUUCUCUCCAGGUGUAUUUUUUGGUGGUGAUCUACCUGCAGCUAGUUCAUUUCCAAUGCCAAUUAAUCUUGGUGCAACAUUUAAUAUGAAUCUUGUAUAUCGUAUAGCAAGUAUAAUUUCAACCGAAGCACGUGCUUUUAAUAAUGAUGGUCGAGCUGGUCUUACAUUUUUUACACCAAAUAUUAAUAUUUUUCGAGAUCCACGAUGGGGACGAGGACAAGAAACACCUGGUGAAGAUCCAUUUCUAACAUCUCAAUAUGUCUAUGCACUUAUACAAGGUUUACAACGUGGUGAUGAUGAGCGAUAUUUAAAAAUAGCUGCUAAUUGUAAACAUUUUGAUGCAUAUGAUUUAGAAAAUUGGAAUGGAACAGAUCGACAUCAUUUUAAUGCUAAAGUAACUGAUCAAGAUUUAGUUGAAACAUAUUUACCAUCAUUUAAAAGUUGUAUUAAAGAUGCACAAGUAGCUAGUAUUAUGUGUAGUUAUAAUUCAAUAAAUGGAAUACCAGCUUGUGCUCAUAAAUUUUUAUUAGAAACAAUUGCAAGAGAAUCGUUUCAUCUAAAUGGUUUUGUUGUUAGUGAUUGUAAUGCUAUUUCGGAUAUUUUACAUGCACAUCGUUAUACAUCAUCAGUUGAAGAUACAGUUGCUGUAGCUUUACAUGCUGGCACUGAUCUUGAAUGUGGAGUUUUCUAUUUAUUUCAUAUGAGUACAGCAUUGAAUAGAAAAAAAAUUGUUGAAGCUGAUAUUGAUCAAGCAUUAAUGCGUACAUUUGAUGUUCUUAUUCGUCUUGGUUGGUUUGAUCCACCAGAACAACAAAUUUAUCGAAAAUUAAAUAAGAACAAUGUUGAUACAUUAGAAGCAAGACAAUUAUCACUUAUAAGUGCACAAGAAAGUAUUGUUUUAUUGAAGAAUAUUAAUAAAAUAUUACCAUUAAAUCUAAAUCAAUUAAUGAAUAAAAAAAUUGCAUUAAUUGGACCAACAGCUGAUGCAACAGUAACAAUGCAAGGCAUUUAUCAUGGACGAGCACCAUUUCUUAUUGAUCCUAUUACAGGAUUUAAAAAUGUAACUGCAGGAAAUUUUAUUGAUAUUCAACAUGCUCGUGGAUGUGGAAUAUCAAGUCAUAAUGAGAAAGAUUUUGCUGCUGCAAUUAAAUUAGCUCAAUCAUCUGAUAUUGUAUUUUUCUUUGGUGGAAUUGAUAAUACAAUUGAACGAGAAGGAACUGAUCGUACAAUAAUUACUCUACCUGAAGUACAACUUGCGUUAAUACAACAAUUAGAAAAAGUUAGUCGUUCACCACUUCAUGUUGUAAUUAUGUCAGGUGGUGGAAUUGAUCUAUCAUAUAUUCGAAAUUCAACACAAUGUGGAAGUCUUAUUUGGAUGGGUUAUCCUGGACAAUCAGGUGGAUUAGCAGUUGCAUCAGUUGUAUUUGGUCAAUAUAAUCCAGCUGGUCGUUUACCUGUAACACUUUAUCCAGGAUCAUAUGUUAAUGCUGUAAGUAUGUUUGAUAUGCAAAUGCGACCAUCAUCAACUAAUCCUGGUCGAACAUAUAAAUUUUAUACGGGUCAAGCAGUCUAUGAAUUUGGAUAUGGUUUAUCUUAUACUACAUUUAAUUAUACAUAUAAUAAUAAUACAUUCAAAUCUUUUGUUUCAAUGAAAUCAUUAUUGAAAAAUAUUAAUAAAGAAGAUCGUACAAUUAUUUCUUCAAUACGUAUUAAUGUAACAAAUACAGGCGAUAUGGAUGGUGAUGAUGUUGUUUUAGCUUAUGUUACACCACCGACUAUAAACAAUGAUUCAGUUGUACCGUUUAAACAAUUAUUUGGUUUUGAACGUAUUCAUUUAAAACAAAAUGAAACAAAAGAAGUCUUUUUUCCUUUUACUAUAGCAGCCGCUUUAACUAUUGCAGAAAAUGCAUCUAAAUGGAUUCAUCCUGGUUUGUAUCAUAUUAUCAUUGGACAACAACGAAUGCUUUCAAUUACAUUAGAAGGAGAAUCAAUUCAAUGGGCUUAA